GACAUGUAAAUAAAUUUAAAUACCAGUCUGCAGCUUUCCUCACGGGCAUUGCUGGUGUGUCAUUGUUGGGAGGAUUUGGCAUGACAUUAGGAAUGGCUAAGAAGAAGGACCCAGAAAUGUUUAACAAAGGCAUCAUUGGCACACGAGAGCUGCGUGAAGCUGGUGGGGCACUUGCUUUGAGAGCUCUAGGAUGGGGCACACUCUAUGCUGUUGCGGGAUUUUCUGUAUUUUGCUUUGGUGCUUGGAAACUGAUGGGUGCAAAAGACCUCCAAGAAUUCAGAACAAAAGCAGGAGGUAUUUUACCCAGAAUACCCAAGAAUAACCCACCUCAAAGCAGGACAGAGUUUGAAGGAUUAAAUGACCUCCUUCAGUACAUUAUCGAUGAAGAUGAGAGAAAAAAACAUGAGACAAUAUCAAAAAUAUCAGAACCAUUCAUGAAUAAAAAAUAGUGUCUUACAGCUACAGUUUCAUAUUUGUGUUGCAGAUAUGGUUAUCUGUAAAUAGUGUAAAGUGUUGUAUCUUCUGAUGAAUUUAUGAUGUGUAAAUACAAAAUACAAAAUGAAUGGAAUGAAGUGGACCAUGGUAGGUGUUCAACGUAGGGUGAAGAUGAUUGGUUUUUUUUGGAUACAAACUGGAAAGAACUUACAAUCUUUUACAAUAUUUUGUUUUGUUAUAUAGUUAUUAGCUACUGUAUAAUGUAGAAAUUAGUUUGUGAAUAAUAUAAAUGUAUUGUAAUAUGCAGCACUCAAAAUUUUAUAUGUCUCACUUUGCCACAGUCAGUGUACAGUAAUUUGAAGAUGAAUAGAUUUAUUAUUGUGCUUACAUAAGCUAUGGGCCAUCCCAUACCCUUCAUCCCUCCAAGAAUAAAAAAAAGUAAAUAACAAUAACAAUUAUUUCUUAUCUACUGUAUUGUAUUUGCUUGACAACCAUAACUUCUAUAAAUUACUGUUGUAGGGAUCUUCCAUGUUAUUCCUGUUUAUAUUGUCCUGUAAUAAAUUGAUAUCUAAAAUAG